CGUCAGUCGGAUUCAUUCCGCUAUCAUAAGUUCACCGACAUUCAAUCUCAUUCAUGAUUCGACAGUACCAGUGUCGCUGCAUACGGUCUUAAGAUUUUUCCAUCGCGGUGCGGAUCGAGAAAUUUCACAUGCGUAAUCGAUUGCGUGGAGUUAAUGUUGCUUCAGGUUGCUUCUCGACAAUCUUUCGUUCAUCCGCUGAAGUGCUGACGAGAACCAUCAUGUUGACAAUUUCCCAAAUGCACAUAAAGGGCUCAAGUUUGAGUCAUCAACAGUAGUUAUCUCCCCCACAAUCUCACUCGUUUGCCUAUCCACUAGAUAUGACUCUCGCCGGCCAUGCCAACUUUCGCUUGCGUAUCUUGAAGGACAUCUUUCAUGCACUAGUCGUACCCCCCGUGCUGGUUUCGUUGUGCUAUAAGACGUUAAACCUUCAGUUUGGAUGGUGGUCGAUACCAGCCUGUCUUCUGGCCGUUGCACUUGCGGCAUUUAUCAGAGUGCAGUAUUCUGACUUUGUUCAAGCACGGGAAGCACGGCAGCUUGGUGCUAGACCGAUUCCCCGAGUUGUGGGGAAAUGGCCAGGGAAUAUUGACGUGAUGCUCAAACUCAAGAAAGCGCUUGCCUCUCAGUACAUCUAUGAGCCUUACCUGGAAUUAUUUGAAGAAUAUCAGUGCACAACACUCAACACACGCUUUCUUUGGGUUGACAAUAUUAUUUCCAUGGAUCAAGAGCACUCUAAAUAUGCACUGGCCACAGGGUUUGGUCAGUUCUGGAGAGGCCCUGCCCAAAGAGAGCGAUUAGAAAGUUUCCUAGGCGAUGGAAUUUUCAAUCGGGAUGACGAGAAAUGGAAAUAUCACCGUUCACUCGCACGACCUUUUUUCACCCGCGAUCGCAUAUCUGAUUUCGAGUUGUUCGAAAAAUACACCAGCCUCACGAUAACCAUGUUAUCAGAUAUCGCCUCGCGCGAUGAGCCCUGUGAUCUCCAAGACCUUUUUGCUAGGUUCACCAUCGACGCCGCCUCGGACUCCCUGUUUGGGCAAAACUUGGACACAUUGUCCAAGAAGCUUCCUGCUCCUAUUUCCGGCUGCCAGAGUGAUAGAGGCUCUGCGACAGAUGACUCGUGGGGAACAUUUACCCAAGCAUUCGAAGCGGUGCAACGCAUAAUCACCAUGAGAGGUCGCACUGGCUCCAUUUGGCCCGUAUUUGAGCUUUUCGAAGAUAAAACUGCCCCACACGUCGAGAUCAUCAAACGAUGGUUGGAUCCAUUGGUAAAACAAACAUUGGACAAUAAGGCGGCUGCCCAGAAAAUCGGUCUGCGGAGUCCAACAGAAGAAAAGACUUUCUUAGAGCACCUAGCGGACAGUACCGAAGACGCUGGAAUGAUUCGUGAUCAGCUGCUUAAUGUUCUCUUGGCCGCUAGGGACACCACUGCGUGCCUUUUGACCUAUGUGAUAUAUUUCAUGUCAUUGUAUCCGAAGAUCGCGGCCAAGAUGCGGCAAGAGGUAAUCGACGUGUGUGGCAACAAUAUUCCUACCCACGAAGAUAUUCGAAAACUGAAAUAUGUUAAAGCGGUUAUUGAUGAAACUCUCCGUCUUUACCCGCCCGUCCCGUUGAAUCAGCGACAGAGCAGACCUCAGCCUUGCACGCUCCCUCCGCCAGAUUGUACCUAUCCCACUGAAUCUCGGCAACCAUUAUAUUUACCGAAGUCGACGACAUUCUGGUACUCGACACUCUUGACACAGCGUAACAAAGCACUCUGGGGACCUGAUGCGGACGAGUUCGAUCCUGAGCGAUGGAUUGAUCCUCAGAGAGUGGCGCGGUUCACGUCGAAUCCGACGAUGUUCACUCCAUUUAGCGCAGGACCUCGCAUUUGCAUUGGCCAGAAUUAUGCAUACAAUGAGGCAUCAUUCUUCCUUGUGCGACUACUUCAGCACUUCGACACUUUUACACUCGCAAUGGACGCACAACCCGCUUUUUCCUUGCCACCUGCUGAGUGGAAGCUGGGUCGGGGCAGACAGGCGGUGGAGACGAUUCGUCCCGAAGCCACAAUGACGCUUUUCAUCAAGGGUGGCUUAUGGAUAAGAAUGAAAUCCGUGCACUCACCCUGAUCUAUGGACUUAUGGGUUCUUUAAGGACCGUUUGGCACAUGGAAAUUCAUUUGUAUUGUCAUUGUUGCAUAUUUCAUACUCACUGGAUCAUUUGUACAUGGAUCAAAGACACUCUAGAUAUAUCUGGCGGCACCUCCCCGUAUUACCAUCAUGUUUCAGGAUGUGAAUUUUUCUUUUCCCGUUACUUAAGAGCGAUAAGUCUCAUCAUACUAUUAGUCUACGUUACUACGUGUGUUUGGAAGUACACGGAGCCAUUACGGUUUCCAUCAGAGCAGAUGAGGGCAUGUGUAUAAAGCUACGAGGAUCAAGACAUCAUCCAUUCAUAUUGUGACG